UACAUACACAUAUGAAUGUUAGCGAAAAAUACGGGUGUCGACAUUUUGUUUUGAGGAAAAUAAGACGACAGAAGGUUUAGAUAGUUGGCAAAUAGUCACCAGUUAAAUUAAAGUCGAGAAUAGUUUUUCAGUAAUCAGUAUACCAAUGCGGGAGGUGAAGAAUCAUCUAGAUUCGGACAUCAAUUCACUGAAUGGGAACUUCUUGUGUGGUGUCGUUGAAGGUUUCUACGGAAGACCAUGGACCAUCGACCAACGACGAGAUCUUUUCAGAAAGAUGGACAGAAUGGGACUUAAUACCUACAUGUAUGCGCCAAAAGAUGACUAUAAACACAGAGCAUACUGGAGGGAACUCUAUUCUGUUGAAGAAGCAGAACAUCUGACUAACUUGAUUGAAGCGGCCAAAGAAAACAACAUCACUUUUUACUAUGCCAUAUCUCCAGGAUUGGACAUAACUUUUUCAAACACCAAAGAAGCAGCAUGUCUCAAAAGAAAACUAGAACAGGUGGCUGCAUUUGGUUGUACAGCUUUUGCCAUCCUUUUUGAUGACAUCGAGACGGAGAUGUGCCCAGCAGACAAAGAAUUAUUCCAGUCUUUUGCACAUGCACAAGUUCAUGUCACUAAUGAAGUGUAUCAACAUCUCAAUCAGCCAGGAUUUCUCUUUUGUCCAACGGAAUACUGUGGUACACGUGCAAUGCCCACUGUGGCUAGUUCAGAAUAUCUGAACACUGUAGGUUCCAAACUUCUGCCUGGUAUAGACAUCAUGUGGACAGGACCCCGCGUUGUUUCCAAACACAUUACAAUUCAGUCUAUUGAAGAAGUCACAAAGGUGCUCCAAAGACCACCUGUAAUAUGGGACAAUUAUCAUGCUAAUGAUUAUGACCAGAAAAGACUGUUCUUGGGCCCGUAUGAUGGAAGGUCCACUGAUCUUGUGCCAUAUCUUCAUGGUGUCCUGACGAAUCCCAACUGUGAGUUUGAAGCCAAUUUCAUUCCUUUACAUACCAUAGCUCAGUGGAGUAAAAGCAAUAUGGAUGGAGUUAGGAAAGAUGUUGUAUUAAGUGAGAGUCCAACUGUGUCAGAUAUCAGACUAGAAACUGAAAAUAUCCAGCCUUGUUCAGAAGAAGACAUUCCACCUAAAUAUGAUAACCGUUAUCAACCCAAAGUUGCUCUGAAGGCAGCCAUAAUUGAUUGGCUCCCAGAAUUCUACACAAAGCGUAAUGUGGCCCCCUGCAACAUGCCAGCAAAGUGUCUGAACAUUCCACCUCUGGCCAAUCCCUGCCCCCCAGUCCCAGGCGAGGACCUGCCACCAAUCACAAAUAUGAACCAGCUGGGGCAAAUAGAUGGAUCUUACAUGCAGCCAGCACCAAGUUUGCUCCCAGUGAACAGUCUUGUGGAACCCUCCAGUGCAGUGCCUGGGGAUUCCUCCGACAAAGGUGACUCCGAACCCAUGGACUACAUCCCUACUGUGGGAAUCGCCCCAGACUGUGACAUGGAACCCAAAAGUGAUGCCGACUCCAACCUUGAUGGGGCUAGUGGAAGGACUCUUGAAGGUGCUGACAACACGAUGCAAGUUGAUACCUGUGAUACAGACAAUAUGGAGGUCCCUGAGAAGGACCGUCUCACAUACGAAGAUAUUUCUCUCUUGGUGGAUUUAUUCUACCUGCCCUUUGAGCAUGGUCAACAAGCAGUUCAUUUACUCACAGAAUUCCACUGGUUAAAGGCCAACUCUGGUUGUAUGACAGAAUCCAAGAAAAAGAAUGGUCACUCUCCUCUAGUGGAGGAAUGGGAAACCAGAAGCAAAAAGUUCAACGAGACAGUAGAAGCUGUGAAGGUGCUGGCUGAAAAGCUGUUUAAAAUCCCCAACCGCUCCUUGCUAUAUGAUCUGUAUCCCUACAUGUGGGACAUGCGGGGCAUCCUGUGCCUGCUGAACUCCUUUAUCAAGUGGUUAGUGACAGGCAGUCUGCUGCACAUGGGUAUUUAUGGGAAGACUGGAAUUUUUACAUGGUGCAAUAAAGCCUACCGAGAUGCUUUUAUGUGUGGUGACCAAGAACCAUGGAUGUUCCGCGGUGGGCUUGCUGGGGAGUUUCAACGUAUGCUGCCAAUAGAUGGUGCACACGAUUUGUUCCAUCAUGUGGCCCCUGUUCCGCCAAGUCAAAAGAUGUUUACAAUCCGGCCGUACUUGCCGUCUGACGAGGCUGCAGUCUAUGAAGUGUGCCGUAAAACCUGUGAUGAUGGUCUAGAUGGGACGGAAGUUUUCCCGGGACAACCUGAUCUUAUUGGGGAUAAGUUAGUUGGAGGUUUUAUCAACCUAAGCCCCGAGUACUGUUUUGUGGUGGAAGAUGAGCAGGGAGUAUUUGGUUACGUGUUAGCUGCCUUGGAUGCCAAGAGUUUCUACAAGAAGUUGGAAGUUGCAUGGAUAAGUGAGCUGUGUACAAAGUAUCCCUUGUCAGACAAAGUGGACAAUCUAACUCCAGCUGAGGAAAUAAUCUCAAGUUUCCACAACUUCAAGACCAAUCUCCCAAAUACUCUGUACGAAAACUUCCCCACCAUCCUGAAGAUGGACAUCCUCCCAGACCGUGUAGAUGACAGCAGUGUGGCCAAGCGGAUGCUGGCUUGUGUCCUGUCUGCGCUGAAGGCGAAUGGCUCCAUUGGGGCGCACUGCGAGGUUAACGUGGGGGACAGACAGAUGGUGGAAUUCUAUGCCAAACUGGGUUUUGUGGAGGCUCCGUCAUCUGAUCAGUUGCUGUCUGAAGAUACUUUCCUCCUAGUGAGGAGAAUCUAAUGCUGAGUGCAUUGUGGACUAUGUUGUAUGGGUUGUGUGAAAACUUGAUGGUGGUAUAUCUAGAAAUGAAUGCCAAAAUGGACAUGAUGCAUUUUGUGUUCCAUGUUGAUAAGAUGUCCAUAAAAGUGUGGAUAUAUUUAUUUGUGCAAUCUUUUGUUUCUUUUACCAGUUCAAGCGCCAAGGCAAGUGGCAAACUGUUAACUGAAGCCUUAUUAUUUAACUGUACUGGAAAAAAAAUUGAUAAAGAAUGGUUUGAAAAUGAUUUCGAAAAGCACAGGACUAUUCUGUCAGGUUUACCUUAGUGUUUUCCCAUGGAACAAGGAUGUGGGAACUGGCAGUCGUGCAUGCUGAUGUCUUUAUUAGUUAUACAGUCGAACAUUAUUAUUUAAGAUAAAAGGGACUGCUAAGCAGUAUUUAAAGUUAUUGUUGUCGCAAUGCGACUGCCAUGGUUAAUUAUUGUACUUGAAUAAAUUGUUAAGCCAUUGA